UUACUUUUGUUGUUUAAUUUGGGUUUCCCUUCGACGUUGUUAGUUGUCGAAGUUAGGUUAGAAGAUGAAUUCGAAGUCGAACAAUUUUUAGCGAACGAAUAAUUCGUGUGUGUGUAUUUCUGUGUUGUGUAAGUGCUAUAGGGUUGCAUUACUAGUUAUUUAUUCAAUAGGAAUAAUGAUCGAUACAUAAUUUGAAUCAAAAAAGAAAAUUUUUUAAGAAUGUCUGGGGUUAGUUUGAAUGGAACUUGCGACACAAUGGACAAUAGUGGACGAGCUUUGAAACUCCAGACUGAUGCUCCACACCUGGUCAGUAUGGGCGGUGAUAGGCUCAGUACAUCUGUCACACUUCACCCUCUACCUCAAGGUCGAGUGGUUUUGGGAAGUGGACCUUGUGUGGAUAUACUAGUGCAGGGCACCGGGGUGUCACCAAUUCAUUGUCAUAUUGAAAACAGCGAGGGUGUAGUCACUAUCUAUCCGUUGGCAGAUAAUCUUUCAAUUGAUGGAAUUCAAAUCACGACACCCACACGCCUAUCUCAAGGUGCUAUGCUAACGAUAGGAAGGUCGAACUACAUGAGGUUCAACCAUCCCGCCGAAGCAAAACUGAUGAAAUCGGUACUACCAAACCCACGAAUCUCAAUGCCGUCCAUAAGCUUCGAACAGGAGAGCCAAAUCCAGACCGUCAAGUUCCUCAAGAAACCCCCGGCAGUGCCCAAGAAGAGUCCCAGAGAGUCUUACUCCGACAGUGGCAGCGAAGAAAUACCCUCUAGCAUCAUGACCAAGGUGUCGAAGUUCGAGUAUCUGGCAGCUCAGAACCUGAAGAAGUCCAUAUCGCCGAAGGUGUUCACCUCCAGCGCGGUCACCGUGAACACCCCGGCAAAGGACGUGCUCGGAAAGUCUCCGCCAGACCUGCACAACCUGGCCAAAAACCUACCGCAGAGUGCCUUGAAUUAUUCCGAACUGAAUCAUAAUAACGAAAAACAGAAGGUCAAAGUUAGGGAUUGGCCGUUGUUCGGGAAGAAGUCACCGCAGUAUGUUAAUGUGGAGCUGAACGACGCGAAGAAUAUCAAUAACAGAGUGAUCAUAUACGAAAACGGCAUCAAACCACAAAAUAUUAAUAUAGAUGAAGGCAGCGAAAACAUAAACAAAACUUCUAGUGGCAGCAAAAAUAUCAACUCCCAAAAAGUUAUAAUACCAUCUCCAGGAUAUGAUAGAAAUCCAGGUCCUUACAACAGAAGUGUAACGCCAAGUCCGGUACAUAAAAAUUUGAAGGCGAUACAUAGGCGGAGUAACUCUCUGGAUCAGCUGAUAAAUGGAAGUAUAUAUGACAACACAGAAGAAUUGCAUGAAAGGAAGAAGGAGGCAGAAAUCAAGAGAAAUCAGGCUCAACAGGAUAGAAUAAAAGAACAGGAACUUGAAAAAGCAGAACAAGCCAGACUUGAGGAAAUUCUGAAUAUGUGUGCAGAAUAUGAGAAGCAAUCACAAAAUGAUAAAAAUAAGCCAGUUACUCCCAAUAGGAUAAAAACUAAUGGAUCACUGCCAAGAGAUAAGCGUCAACAAAUUUCUCAAGGUCCCUUUGGAUCACCCUAUAGCACCCCACCUUCAUCGCCCGGAAUAUUUGAUUUUCAAAAAUCUAGUCAACACGCAUACGAGAACACACCCUUAAAUUUCCCAUUGCCUCGAAAAACAAUAACAUCCAAUUAUGAAAACAUAGACUUCACCCCUCCUGAAAUAUCGAGUGGUGAACGAAAGAAUGAUUUCAAUAAUUACGAGAAUAUUAAGUAUCAAUCUACUCCUACAAGUCAUUAUCCCAAUUCACCCAGGACUCGAAUAAAGACAUUUGUUACUGCUGGAAAAGACAGCUCACAAAAAGACACAACAAACAUAAUCGAAAACAAAUUCACAAUUCUAGAGAAGGAACAAUAUUUAUUAGAAAAUUUAAAUAGGACUAAAGACACAAUAGAGGAUAACAGUAUUGACAACAACACAAGGAAGCCGACACCGACCAAAUUUAUUUUACCUUUAGACGAUGUUGACUUAGUGCAAGACACUACUGACACUAAAGUUAACAAUAAUUGUAAUAGUACAAACAGCUUGAAUAAUUCUAAUCGCACAAAUAAAUCAAAUAGAUCAAGAUAUCAAAGUUUAAAAACACAAAAGAAAAAACUUUUGGAUGCAGUGGGAAAUUUUAAAACGCUUAUUUCGGAAAUAGAAAUACAAGAAGAAGAAUUACAUAUAGAGAUGGACAUGGAAAGAGCGCUUUUAUCAGGAGAACAUAAAGCGAAAAUUUUGGAUCUGGAGAAUCUCAAAACAAAGAAAGAAAAACUAAUAAAACAAGCUCAAAAAAUCGAAUGUAUUAUGCAAGAAGCUCAAAAUCAACAAACGGAAAAUGAGAAAACUUGCCAAGACCGUUUGAACGCAGCUCAAGAAAAAAUGGCAGAAGUAGAAAAGAAACUAGCUUCUACUGACAAAACUACAGAGGAGUAUGAAAUAGUAUUUGAAAACUAUCUCAAAUGUCAAGAAAUAUUGGAUAGUGAAAGGAAAUCUUUUGAAGAUUUAGAAUUUCAUCAUUUAGAAGAAGAGGCAAAUUGGUUAGCUACUAGAGAAGAAAUACAAAGAGAAAUUCUAGAUUUAAGUCAUCGUAUUGAAAAUUUACAAAAACAAAUUAACGACUUGGGUCAACAGAGUUUAGACGCCGCUAGUGCUAAUAAUAAGGAGUACAAAUCUUUGGAAAGCCAAAAAAUAAAUUGUUUAGUUAGGUUAGAAGAGGUGAGAAAUAGACUCAAGGAUGUUGAUGCAAAAUUAGCGGAAUUCUCUGAUCAAGAAUCUGAACAUGAAAUGACAAGUGACACGGAUAGUGAUAAGUCUAGAGAUCUGUUUCAACAUGAUUUCAAUAUGAUGAAAGAUUUGAGUUGUUCUAUAAUUGUUAGUAAUUCAACCAUACCAUCAGAACAUGGUUUUCUCAUGUCACAUUCAUUCAAUGACAAGUUGAUGCAGGACAAGAUGAUUCUGGAACCUGGCAUUGAAAAAAAAUUUCCCAGUCAAGACGAUAUUGAUCGAAUAAGUAAGGUUACCUCCGAUUCACCAAUGGAUAUUGCAUCGUUGAAUAGAAAAACCAUCGAAUCCUUGAAAGAAAUCGAAAGAAACCGACACCUUCAUCUGUGUCAACAAGGCUCCCAAGUGAUUGAACAGGAGAGACAAAGGGUACAAGCUCUCAAAGAACGAGCUCAACAGGAAGUGAAAAGUAAAUGGGCCCAGAGAAUUCAAGAUUGUGCUUCUAUGACCUCUACUGGUUCUGAAGAAACAGCUAGUGGAGAGAAAACUGAUGAUAGCAACACCGAUAGAAACGAAGGAAAGGAGCCCCCUAGUUCGCCGGAUCAAUCAGAUGCGAGCCGCACAGAGAAUGAAGAGACAGCCUUGCAGCAACGACCUUUGUCAGAACUGAGCGAGAUGAGUUUGGAGGGUGGCACUUUCAGGAAGCGUGGUAAACCUGCAACUGACAAACAGCGACCCCUGACACGAUACCUGCCGAUUAAGAGCAGCGACUUGGAUCUUAGACAGCACAUCGAAUCUGCUGGACACCAGGUGGUCCUAUGUCCACACGUUCUGAUAAACACCACCAGUUGUAGAGGGUUCUUGCACAAGAAGGGCUCUAAGUUGAACGGUUGGUCCAGGAGAUGGUUCGUGUUUGAUAGAAGUAAACAUACAUUUUCGUACUAUGCUGAUAAGAAUGAGAAGAAAGCACGAGGCGGUGCAUAUUUUCAGGCUAUCGAAGAAGUAUACGUAGAUCAUUCGAAAUCAGUUAAAUCACCGAAUCCUCAGCUGACAUUCGUUGUUAAAACUCACGAGAGAUACUACUAUCUCAUGGCACCUUCUCCAGAGGCUAUGAGGAUUUGGGUUGAUGUCAUAUUUACAGGAGCUGAGGGAUAUCAAGAAUUCGAAUAUGGAACAUGAAUGUUUAUCAGAAAUAGAUUGGAAAACUGAACAAUUUUGAUAUGAAAUCAUUAUAUCAAAGAGAGUAUUUUAAAAUAUUGAAAAUUUCGUAUCAGACAAAUGUGAUAUUGGAAAAUCUGUACUAGUUACCAUAAGUUUUAUAACACUUCUCUCAAGAAUUCUAAGAUUUUGAUAUGAAAUGUGCCUUGAAACGGACAUAUACUUUUUGAAAAGCUUGUUUAAUCAAAUUUUAUAUAAUAAUUAUUUAUACAGUAUAAAUCACUACCUAGUCUAUUGUUUUGAAAAGUUUAUGAGCAAAUGUAUUAAUGGAAAAAUGGUGCUCCUAGAUUUAACCUUCACGAAUCAUAUUAUAGAUAUCAUUCAUCAUUAAAGGCCUUAAUUUUUACUAAUGUAAGAACAUAUCUAAUAAGACUGUCAAUAUUUAAAUGAAAGCCUUGAAUUUAUAGAACUGACUGUAAAUAAAUAGUUUAUAACACA